GGCACUCGGUAGUUCGUACAGACAACAGUAGGACAAAAACAGAAUAACGAAAACCUGAGAAAACAAUAACAAAACCACAAUAUUUCGUUACUCCGUACGUUUUUUAUAUUUUUAUGAAUGCGCUGUACGCCCGGCCGCGUCCCAGUCACGUAACGUCACGACGACGGCAGCGAUUCACAAUCACAAAUUCACAAUAUUGCCACCCGCAGUACUCGACGCGAUCAGAUUUCGGUGGCGGUGAUCAACGCUACGAAAGUACGAAACGUCCGUUAGGAUAGUAAUGUAGUAUGCUAUGUCCGUUCGCCUAGCCAUCGGGAGGACGGCCGGAAGCGUUCAGCAGUUGCCCAUUCAAAAUCAAACGGAACGACGGUCGUCGGCCGUUACAUCGUCAUAACGGUCAUUGUCUCCACCAUUGGUCGAUAAAUGAAUAGGUCCAGAUCAGGUUAUGAUAGUGAAACGGAUGAUGGGGAAGAUUCAGAUGAUUAUGCGAUGCCACUUGGCAUCCCAAUCGUAUCUACUGAAGAUGGUCGACGGUUGGUUGAAUAUAAACCAUCAAACCACUCUAUCAAUAAGGGUCGCUGGACCAAAGAAGAGGAUAUGAGGCUAAAACAACUUGUAGAUGAAUAUCAAGAACGAUGGGAUCUUAUAGCCCAACAUUUCAACGAUCGCUCAGAUAUUCAAUGCCAACAACGAUGGCACAAAGUUGUGAAUCCCGAUUUAGUAAAAGGGCCUUGGACGAAAGAAGAAGACGAAACUGUAUUGGAACUUGUGGACAAAUAUGGACCCAAAAAAUGGACUCUAAUAGCGCGACAUUUAAAAGGCCGAAUAGGUAAACAGUGUCGUGAACGAUGGCAUAAUCAUUUGAAUCCAAAUAUAAAAAAAAGUGCAUGGACAGACGAAGAAGACAGAAUAAUAUUUAGGGCACAUAGUCAAUGGGGGAAUCAAUGGGCUAAAAUUGCAAAGUUGUUACCAGGAAGGACUGAUAAUGCCAUAAAGAAUCAUUGGAAUUCAACUAUGCGGAGGAAAUAUGAAAUAGAUGAUAAAGGAGAAGUAUAUGGUAGGAAUAUGUUGAAGCCUAAAACAAAAAGUAUCAGAGCUCCAAUAGAAAUCAGAGAAGAAUCUAGUAAAAGUCAACCCAAUACAUCACAAGUUAAUCAAUCAGAAUACAUAACUAUUGAUGUUCCAUCACAAUAUUAUAGUUGGAUGCCUCCAAAAUAUAUUCCAGAUGAUACUCAGUCUAAAUUAGAUCCUGAACAAGAUGUCCGGGAUAAAGCUGAAGUUGUUGCAGCUGCAGAAGUUUUGAAUUCUUUAAUGUCAACACCUCAAAAGAAAAAUGAAAUGAAAGUAAAAGAUGUGUUCAAAAUUAAUUAUAAAUUAGAGUCUCCGCCUAGACCGGCUUCAGUACCCUUGCAAACUAAUUCACCAUCAUGUUAUUCACCAUACAGAUUAUUUGAGACUGGAGGUUUUAUUGAAACUCAACAAACUAGUAAUAAUAUUGUAGGUAGUUCUCCUGAUGAAGGAUAUGCCGAACUUCAUCUUGUUACCCCUUCAAAGACGCCAAAAAAAGAAAUUUGCCCAGAACUUUAUUAUCAGUAUGAUGCUGUUACACCAAAUAAAUCAAAUCUAUUUUCACCUAGUAAUAAAGUUACUCGACGACGUAGGAGUUUUUCGGAAUAUCCUGAAAUUGGCAGUACUAUUUUGUCAGGCUUGAGCAUACCUGGAACGCCUGAAAAACGAACACCAAUAAAACAACUACCGUUCAGUCCCUCACAAUUUUUAAAUAGUCCAUCAUUAUCAUUUGAUGUUAAUUCAUCUUCAACACCUGUCAGGCGUCUAUUACCUAGUUGUAGUAGUAAACCUAAUGAAGAUAUUAGUGAUCAAACUGUAAAAUCUGAAACCUUAGUUACACCAAAUUUAAUUUAUAAAUUUGCUGGAAGAAGCCGUGAUGAUGUUAAGACUCCAGAAACAACUCAUAGAAUAAAUACUCCUCACACACCUACACCAUUUAAAAUUGCCCUUGCCGAGGCUGGCCGUAAAAUGGGUGUAAAACAUCUAGUUCAAUCCCCAUCAGCUUUAAUUGAGGAUAUAACUGAUUACAUAAAGCAAGAAGAUCGAGUUAAAAAAGAAUCAGAAUUUUCUGAUUCACAGUACGAAACCGAUAGCUCUAAUAUGUUUUGUGAUACUAAUGACAUAGCUGCAUGUGGAAAAGAAAAUGCAGAACCUCUUUCACCUACACCUCAAAAAAAAGCAAGAAAAUCUCUUGCACCUGUGUGGGCUUCUCCAACAGCUUCUUGGAAUCAACCUAUUGACUCAUCUUCAAAAACAAUUAGAGAAACAAAUGCUGAAGAUGUUUAUUCAACAAAUUUAGUUGAUGAUACUAGAAACAUCUUUACAUCUGAAGAAUAUUCAGCUUCAAAGAAUGGCUCUACUGCCUCACCAGACGUUUCGGAGACAACAGUUAUCCGCAGACAGUUACCACAGUCGUCCGAUGGCAGCAGUGUCCUCAAGCGUCUACACAUUGGAAGUCCACUCAGACAAAAAUGGUCCGGCUUCGUAUCCAAGAAUGAUGUGAUGUGGAAGAUUACAUGUGGAAAAACUGUUGACCAACAAGAAAUGACAGCCUUAGCUUAUCAGUGUUUGCAAAUGAAAACACCACAUAAAAACCUUAGCACUAAAACGCCUGGAUUUAAACCACGGCAAUUAUCAUUUUAGAUACUUAAUAUUUUUUUCUCCCUAUUGUAUUUUAUAACAUACAGCAAGUUUGUAAACCAGCGUUAUUAUAAUUGCAACAUUUUAAAUUGAUAAUUUUAAAUUAUUUGAGUGAGUUUUUUUAUAAUUAUUUUGUGUUGUCUCAUUUCUG